AUGAAUGUCAAUAUUGAGAGCCGACAGAAUGAAGUUUCAGAAGCCGAGAGUCACACCGAUCCCAUGGUGAUAUUGGAGGAAGCUUUAACGAUAUGCAAAUUCGGUAAAUUUCAUAUGAAAUUACUAUGUGCGGUGUUUUGUGCUAUAGUGGCGUCUCUCACUGUCACAACUACGUCGUCCUUCAUUCUACCGAUUGCUGAGUGUGACUUAAAUAUGGAUAUAAUGGAAAAGGGCUGGCUGAAUUCCAUGCCGUUCUUUGGUCAAAUCGGGGCUAGUCUAUUCACAGGUUUUCUGGUGGAUACAUUUGGCCGUCGAUUGUUCUUGGUAUUUGGGAAUCUCGGCGUGUUUAUAUGUGGCCUCCUUGAGGGCACAAGUCAGACGUAUUGGAUGCUGGUUAUUGUAAAAAUGUUACAGGGAAUUGCAAUGAGUAUAUCGUAUGCCGCGAUAUCCACCACGCUGUCUGAGUUCAUUCACAAGGAAAUACGCGACAGAACGUUAUUACUUUUGGGUGCAUUCAUGUCUAUAGCUGUAGUCAUCGUGUCGCUGAUUUCGUGGGCGAUCCUACCGCAGACUCACCUGAACUUUGUCGUUUGGAAGGGAUAUUUCGAGUUACACUCGUGGAAUAUAUAUUUGUAUGUUUGUUCGAUAUGGAGUCUUUUGGCCUUCCUUCAAUUCUAUUUUCUGCCCGAGAGUCCUAAAUUCCUCUUAUCAGAGGGUUACAAUGAAAAAGCGCUGGAGGUUUUGAGAUUUAUCUACACUGAGAACACAGGGAAGGACGAGGAUUCAUUUCCUAUAAAGUCUUUGAAAUGUGAAAUACCGAACAGGCCAGAUAAAAAGAUGAAUCUGAGAAAACAAAUAGUGAGAAGUUUAUUUGAAGUGAAACAUCUCUUUGAUAAAGUCGUUGUUUAUCGACUUUUAUUGCUCAGCUCUAUGACGUUUGUUUGCCUCUCUACGUACACUUGCUUGAGGCUAUGGUAUCCACAGAUAUCAACAGUAGUAGAACACUAUUAUAAGGAUCAUGGAGAAUCUUCUCAGUUCUGUGAAAUGAUAAAUUAUAGAAAUAACCGAAACACGAGCGUAACUGGUGAAAUUAUUCCGACUGACAUUUGUGUGCCGCAAGUAAGUGGGACAGAGACCUACCUAAAUUCUAUACUUUUAGGCGUGGCCAGUCUGGUCUUCGUCGGUUUGAGCAGCAUCUUAGUGGACUGGAUGGGCCACCGUCCCCUCAUCUUCGCGGUGCAAUUAUCUUGCGCUGCGUGCGCGGCGGGCUUGUACUUUACCAACUCCUCCAUAGAAAUUGCGAUUUUAAUUUCCUCUAUCUGUGCACUUAUGCAGGCUAAUGGGUCGUUACAAGGCAAUAUUAUAGUGAGGAUAUUCCCUACUAAAUUGCGCACGUUAUCAUUCUCUAUAGUAAUGAUAGUUGGACGUCUUGGGUCGCUUCUGGGCAAUAUUUUGUUUCCUGUUCUGCUGGAGAUGGGAUGUAUGGCGCCCUUCCUCACGUUGUCAGUUGCUUCUAUAUGUCAAGCAAGCGUAGUAUACUUCCUACCUGAUCCAAACAAAGAGAACAAGACUGGUGACAAAUAG